AUCUGCCUACCUUUCAGCCAAGAUCCUCCCCCUCGAGUACCCCAACUGUCAAAUCUUUCCCUCUUUGUUCCUAAUAGAUCGGUGACUUGCCUUACUAACAUCGCAACCUCCUAGCAGGCCUGAGAAGUGCAUCAUACAUUGAUACCGGGCUCCACUAUACUCUUCUAGAUCCCCGGUCCUCCCCCCCCUACAACCCUAGGGCCCUGAUCUCAACACACUUCAACUUUCGCGGGCCAACUACCUGGCAGGUCAAGAAUCUAAGAUGGCAGAUCAACACGACGUUGAUCUAGACUCUAUUAUUGACCGCCUCCUCGAGGUGCGCGGUAGCCGUCCUGGCAAGCAGGUACAGCUUCUAGAGACUGAGAUUCGAUAUCUCUGCACGAAGGCCAGGGAGAUCUUCAUCAGCCAGCCAAUCCUACUAGAGCUAGAGGCCCCUAUCAAGAUCUGCGGCGAUAUUCAUGGCCAAUACUAUGACCUAUUGCGCCUUUUCGAAUAUGGUGGCUUCCCCCCAGAAGCGAAUUACCUUUUCCUAGGUGACUAUGUAGAUCGUGGCAAGCAGUCGCUCGAGACCAUCUGCCUCUUGCUCGCAUACAAGAUCAAGUACCCCGAAAACUUCUUCAUCCUAAGGGGUAACCACGAAUGUGCAUCCAUCAACCGUAUCUAUGGCUUUUACGACGAGUGCAAGCGCCGAUACAAUAUUAAACUAUGGAAGACAUUCACCGACUGCUUCAACUGCCUGCCGAUUGCAGCAAUCAUUGAUGAGAAGAUCUUCACGAUGCAUGGUGGUCUAAGCCCCGAUCUCAACUCGAUGGAGCAGAUCCGCCGAGUAAUGCGACCAACCGACAUUCCUGACUGCGGUCUGCUGUGCGACCUGCUAUGGUCCGAUCCAGACAAGGAUAUCACGGGCUGGAGUGAAAAUGACCGUGGCGUUUCAUUCACCUUUGGUCCUGAUGUUGUCUCCCGGUUCUUGCAAAAACACGACAUGGACCUAAUCUGCCGUGCCCACCAGGUUGUGGAAGAUGGCUACGAAUUCUUCUCGAAGCGUCAAUUGGUCACUCUGUUUAGUGCACCGAAUUACUGCGGAGAGUUUGACAACGCCGGUGCCAUGAUGAGUGUCGAUGAGAGCUUGUUAUGUUCCUUCCAAGUUUGUCUACCUCUACCCUAUACACAUAUACGAGUAUAUAACUAAUGACUGCCCGC